AGAUUAGAGAAAGACAAGUCUACUUUGGCGUCAGAAGUGUCUGAUCUCCAAGGGAUUGUAGAUCACGCCACCAAAAAUCAGGCAAACACAGAGAAGCAGAACAAGCAGUUGGAGAUGCAGUUGGGAGAAGUGACGGGAAAGUUGGAUGAGACGAACCGCACUUUGGGUGACUUCGACGCCGCCAAGAAGAAGUUGGCCGUUGAGAACUCAGAGCUCCAGAGACAGCUCGAGGACGCAGAGUCACAGGUCGCACAGUUGUCCAAAUUGAAGACUUCCCUCCAGACACAGCUCGAUGAAGCGAAACGAACCGCCGAUGAAGAGAGCAGAGAAAGGGCUUCAAUUUUGGGUAAAUUCCGAAACCUUGAGCACGAUUUGGACGGCGCUCGGGAAUCACUCGACGAAGAGAUUGAGGCUAAGGCUGAUCUCCAGAGACAACUGAGUAAAGCAAACGCUGAGAUCCAACAGUGGAGGACAAAGUUCGAGAGCGAAGGGUUGGCCAGACUUGAAGAGCUCGAGGAGGCGAAGAAGAAAUUGGGCGUAAAAUUACAAGAGGCUGACGAACACAUCGAACAGCUCAACGCCAAAGUGUCCGGACUCGAGAAGACCAAACAGCGAUUGGCCGGAGAGCUCGAGGACAUGGCUAUUGAGGUCGAGCGCGCCAACGCUUUGGCCGCCACUCUCGAGAAGAAACAGAAGUCAUUCGAUAAGAUCGUCGCCGAAUGGAAGCAAAAGGUGGACGACUUGGCCGCUGAACUCGACGCCUCUCAGAAGGAGUGCCGAAACUACUCGACCGAACUCUUCAAACUUAGAGCCGCUUAUGAGGAAAGUCAGGAACAGUACGACGCCGUCAAGAGAGAGAACAAGAACUUGCAGGACGAGAUCAAAGACCUCUUGGAUCAGCUCGGAGAAGGCGGACGAUCUGUGCACGAGUUGGAGAAGUCGAGGAAGCGAUUGGAAAUGGAGAAGGAAGAGCUUCAGGCGGCGCUCGAGGAGGCGGAGGCCGCUCUGGAACAGGAGGAGAACAAAGUGUUGAGAGCGCAGCUGGAGUUGUCUCAAGUGAGACAAGAGAUCGACCGACGACUCCAAGAGAAGGACGAGGAGUUCGAGAACACCCGAAAGAACCAUCAAAGAGCUCUCGACUCAAUGCAGGCCAGUCUGGAGGCUGAGGCCCGCGGAAAGGCUGAGGCGCUCAGAAUGAAGAAGAAACUCGAGAGUGAUAUCAAUGAGUUGGAGAUCGCUUUGGAUCACGCGAACAAAGCCAACGCUGAGGCCCAGAAGAACAUCAAGAAAUAUCAACAGACACUCAAAGAACUGCAAACCGCUUACGAAGAGGAACAGCGGGCCAGAGAUGAGGCGCGCGAACAGUACGCUAUGGCUGAGAGGAGAUGUAAUGCACUUCACGGGGAGCUCGAGGAGACCCGACAGCUGCUCGAACAGGCUGACAGAGCGCGCAGGAGUGCGGAGUCAGAGCUCGCGGAACUGCACGACAACAACAACGAACUCUCGGCGCAGAACUCGUCGCUUACGGUGGCGAAGAGGAAGUUGGAGGGAGAGAUGCAGGCCUUGCAGGCGGACUUGGAUGAGAUGCUGAAUGAGGCGAAACAGUCGGAAGAGAAGGCCAAGAAGGCGAUGGUAGACGCGGCCCGACUCGCCGACGAGUUGCGCGCAGAGCAGGAACACGCACAGCAACAGGAGAAGCUGAGGAAGGCUAUGGAGCAACAGAUCAAAGAACUCCAGGUGCGACUCGACGAGGCAGAGGCGGCGGCCCUUAAAGGCGGCAAAAAGAUCAUUCAGAAACUGGAACAGAAAGUGCGAGAAUUGGAGCAGGAAUUGGAUUCCGAACAAAGACGACACGGAGACGCGUCCAAGAAUUUGCGAAAAGCCGAGCGAAGAAUCAAAGAAUUGCAAUUCCAGGCCGACGAGGACCGCAAGAAUCACGAGCGCAUCCAAGACUUGGUCGACAAAUUGCAGCAAAAGAUUAAGACAUAUAAGCGACAGAUCGAAGAGGCGGAAGAGAUCGCGGCUUUGAAUUUGGCUAAGUUUAGGAAAGUUCAGCAGGAGUUGGAGGACGCCGAGGAAAGGGCUGACAUGUCCGAGAAUGCAUUGGCCAAACUCAGGGCCAGGAACCGCAGCUCGGCCUCCACCACACGUGCCAUGAGUCCCGGCCCAAUUCCGAAGCCAAGACCAAAGUCCAAAGUUGUUGACGAGGAAUAAGUCCAUCGAUUUUAAAGAUUAUAAUCAAUUAAAAUCUAAUUUAAUUUGAAAAUCCCUUAAAUUUCUUUAUAAACUGUUCUCUAUUUUUCUUUUUCUCAAUUUAUGUCUACAUUAAUGUCAAUCACUUAACAGAUCGUGAUUUUAGAGCAAAUAAAUGGAUUAAACAAAAUUAACUAA